AUGUCAGCAAACUGCUGUGAAGUCCGGAUACAUCCACCUGAAGAGCUCAGUGACUCUCUGAUCCAGCACCAUGGUUUUCAGUGAGGACAGUGCUGUAGCAGGUCUUCCUCUCAUCCUGUUGGAUCAUCUUGGAAUUUAAUCCUGUUGUCCGAUGCUCACCUGCAGGUUGAAUCCUGCUUUGGAUGCAUGUCUGUUCCCACCGUGGAAUCAGCCCGCGCUCUGAACUUCACGCUAGCUUUUUUCCCCAGUGAUAUACCCUGAUGAUCACAAGGGAAUAUGCCACUCUAUUUCUGGUGGGCUCUGUCUUCCUGUUGGACUACAGCUCCCAAGUUACCCUGCAGGCUCAGCUCCAGAGCAGAACUAAAGCCGGGGGGAUGUCUGCCAGGGGCGGACCUGGAGGUAGUAAAGUGAGGCUACCUUCAGGGGAAGUGACGUCAUCAGAGGGCAGGACGAGGCUCAGAGGACACGGGAGGUCCAGGGUCCAGCGGAUUAAAAGAGGAUGGGUGUGGAACCAGUUCUUUGUCCUGGAGGAGUACAUGGGGUCAGAACCGCAGUAUGUUGGAAAGCUCCACACAGACCUGGACCACGGAGACAACGCGGUGAAGUACACUCUGUCUGGAGAAGGGGCCGGGUCCAUUUUCACCAUUGAUCAAAUAACAGGAGAUAUACACGCGCUGGUGGGGCUGGACAGGGAGGAAAAGUCCUUCUACACACUGAGGGCCCAGGCUGUAGACCUUCACUCCGGCCUCCCUCUGGAGCCACAGUCUGAGUUCAUCAUCAAGGUGCAGGACAUCAAUGACAACGAGCCCCGGUUUCCUGACGGCCCCUACAGUGCCAGUGUCCCUGAGAUGUCUCCCACAGGAACCUACGUGACACAGGUGACUGCCACCGAUGCAGACGACCCAACCUACGGCAACAGUGCUCGCAUCGUGUACAGCAUCCUCCACGGCCAGCCGUACUUCUCUGUGGACGCCAAGACAGGAGUGAUCAGGACUGCUCUGGCUAACAUGGAUCGGGAAGUGAAAGGGGAGUACCAGGUUCUCCUUCAGGCCAAAGACAUGGGCGGCCAGCUGGGGGGGCUCGCAUCCACCACCACCAUCAACAUCACUCUGAGUGAUGUCAAUGAUAACCCACCGCGCUUUGCCAAGAGUAUUUUUCACCUGCGGGUGCCAGAGUCGGCGUCGGUUGGCUCAGCAGUGGGUCGGAUUCGAGCCCACGAUCUGGAUGCUGGCAGUAACGCAGAGGUGGAUUACGUCAUCGUUCCAGGAGACGAAGGCAACAUGUUUGAUAUUCUCUCUGAUGGCCAAAGUCAGGAGGGGGUCGUGCUUUUGAAAAAGGCUCUGGACUACGAGACCAAGAAGUCAUACACCUUCAAGGUGGAGGCGUCCAAUGCACAGCUGGACCCGCGUUUCCUCCACCUGGGGCCCUUCAGGGACUCAGCCAUAGUCAAAGUGAACGUGGUGGACAUCGAUGAGCCUCCUGUGUUCACCAAGCCCUCCUUCUCUCUGGAGGUGUAUGAAGACACUCCUCCAGGAACCAUCAUCGGCUCUGUGACGGCUCACGAUCUGGACGCCAGCAGCAGUGCAGUCAGGUACUCCCUGGAAUGGCUCUCAGAGUCUGACAGCUGCUUUGAUAUCGAUACUGUUGAAGGAACUAUUUCAACCAAUGACUACCUGGACAGAGAGACAGCUGUGCAGCACAAUAUCACUGUGGUGGCUACUAAAGUCAACAACCCUCUGCUGUCCACCAAAGUGUCCGUGACCGUCAGCGUCCUGGAUGUGAACGAGUUCCCACCCGAGCUGGCGGUUCCUUCAGAAACCUUCGUCUGUGAAAACUCCCGGGUGGGACAGGUGAUCCAGACAGUCAGCGCUGUGGACAAAGACCUCCCUCCUACUGGCCAGAGGUUCUUCUUCAAGUCCCCCAAAGAGCUCCGCAACAGGAACUUCACUGUUCGAGAUUUUGGAAAUAACACAGCCGGGAUUGUGACUCGGCGGUCGGGUUUCCAGCGGCGUCUGCUGGACGUUUACACUCUUCCCAUUGUGGUUGAAGACAGCGGUUACCCAGCCCAGAGCAGCACAUCCACCCUCACCAUCCGAGUGUGUUCGUGCGGGGCGGGGGGCUCGCUGCUCACGUGCUCAGCUGAGGCCAUCUUCCUGCCUGUGGGCCUCAGCACCGGAGCUCUGAUGGCCAUUCUGCUGUGUGUAGCUCUGCUGAUGGUUGUGGCAGCUCUGUACAUGGGCCAGAGGCGGCACAAAGAGAAAGACACUCUAAUGACAUCCAAAGAGGACAUCCGUGAUAACGUCAUUCACUACGACGACGAGGGCGGAGGCGAGGCGGACACUCGUGCCUUCGACAUGGGCACCCUGCGCAACACGCACCCACACCGCAGCAGCACCCUCAGCAGCUCAUCCAGGAAGGAGAAAAACGGAUACGGAGACGGCGUUCUGUUGCAUCUCAACACUCGCUCAGACAACAUCAGGACGCCUGACAUUCACUGCCAAACAGCGAGCAUCAUCGCUGCCGUGAACAAAUCUGCAACUCUGACGUCCCACGGCAGAGUGACCGAGGGCGACGCCGAGAAGAUCAGAGAGUUCAUCGAGCAGCGGCUGGAGGAGAGUCAGAAGGGCUACGCCGCCCCGCCCUACGACUCUCUGGCUACUUAUGCGUACGAGGGCGACGGCUCAGUGGCCGGCUCUCUCAGCUCCAUCGAGGAGUCCUGGGUCAUUGACGAUACGGGGGACUUCAGCUCUCUGGGAGACUGGGGACAGCCAUUUAAAACCCUGGCUAACAUCCUGGACAAACCCUCUGAUGAGACGGACGAGAGCUGAGAGGGCGGCCAUGUUAAGGCUCUUUUUUAGACACUUUGUUUUUUUACUGUGACAGGCACUGGAUAGAGUGAUGUGAGGUCUGUGUAGAAAGAUGUAAAGUAGAGCUGUGGACUGAUUAGCUGGAGGGCAGUGGAUCUAGCCACAUGAGUAAUAGCUCCUCAAAGUGCCUGAGGUACUCCAUGUUUGUAUUUGAAUUCAUGUUACUAAUAAAAUGUCUUCAACAGA